CAACAGUCCCUCGCGCAGAAAUGUGAGCCUGGCAAGACAACAACGUAAAUGACUCACGAGACACUCACAUGAAUUCAUGAAGAAAAGGGAUCAACUUUUCAGGGACGUCAGGAAACCAGGGAUCUUUUAGUCUUGGUUUUACAUCAAAAUGGCUCUACGCCAGAAUCUUGUCUUAUUGUUCCUCGUGAUAUGUUCUGGCUGUGUCAUCGCCAUUGCUAGUUCGACAAGUAAACCAAACAUCGUGUUCAUCCUUACAGAUGAUCAAGAUGUAGUGCUCGGAGGCCUUACUCCUUUAAAGAAAACUGAGACACUGAUUGCUCAGCAUGGGAUGAAAUUUGACAACAUGUUUGUGACGAGUCCUCUUUGUUGUCCGAGCCGAUCAAGUAUCCUAACUGGAAAGUAUAUACACAAUCAUCGUGCAAGAAACAACUCCAUAUCGGGAGGAUGUUCAAGUCUCGGGUGGCAACGGGGGCCCGAGAAGCACUCAGUCAGCACCUAUGUAAAAAAUCUUGGUUAUCGGACAUUCUUUGGUGGGAAGUACCUGAAUCAAUAUGGGAUGCCGCAAGUUGGAGGCCCUGAACAUGUUCCCCCAGGUUGGGAUGAAUGGGUUGGACUUGUAGGUAACUCCAGGUACUACAACUAUACAUUGUCUGUGAAUGGGAAACCAGAGAAACAUGGAGAUACUUAUGCCUCUGACUACCUCACUGAUAUUUUGAAAGAACAUGCUGUCAGUUUUAUAAAAGAACAGUCAGAAGCAUCCCCCCCUUUCUUUAUGAUGGUUGCCACCCCUGCGUGCCACGCCCCUUUCACUCCUGCGCCUCAGUACAAGGAUAACUUUAACACAAGUAAGGCGCCUAGGACAGCAAGCUUUAACAUGGCAGGUGGACCUAGCAAGCACUGGCUCAUCAGAAACACUCCUCAUCCCAUGAAGGACUCCUCCAUCAAUGCUUCAGAUUCUAUCUUCAGAAACAGAUGGCGUACCUUGUUAUCUGUGGAUGACCUCGUUGAUCAAGUUGUUCAGGCAUUGGACAAAGGGAAACACUUGAAGAAUACCUACAUCAUAUUUUCCUCAGAUAAUGGAUUUCAUCUUGGUCAGUUUUCUCUUCCACAAGACAAGCGGCAGCUGUACGAAUUUGACGUUCGUGUUCCCUUUAUGAUCCGUGGUCCUGAGGUGAUGGCAAACAAAACUUCACAGAGUCCUAUACUCAAUAUAGACAUAGCACCAACUAUUGUUGAGUUAGCUGGUGGGAAAGCACCAGAGUCUAUGGAUGGACGAUCUAUUCUUCCUCUCUUGAAGGCAGGUGGUGAGAACAGUCACAAGGAGGAAAAUGUAGAUUGGCGCACGGACUUUCUCGUUCAACACUUUGGUGAAGGGGAUCUUAAGAUUGGGGGAUGCCCGGAGCUUUCUCCUGGUGUCUCGUGUUGUUGGCCCAAUUGUGUGUGCGAAGACGCCUGGAACAACACUUAUUCUUGUGUCCGUUCUCUGAGCUCGUCGGAAGACAUGAUGUAUUGCGAGUUUAGAGAUAAAGAGGCCUUUGUGGAGCUGUACGAUAUCAAGAAAGAUCCUGAUCAGCUGAAGAACAUCGUCAAAGAAGUUAAUCCGAAAUUUCUGGCCAAAAAGCACUCUCGCCUUGUGGAUCUAGUGACAUGCUCAGGGGACUCUUGCAGGGAGUCCUGCUGUGAGACCGAGGAUACGGUGCUUUGAAUUGUGACCAAUCAGACGAGAUCUGUCAAUGUCACUCGAAAGAAACUAGUACAGUACUAAUGUAAACGAUAUGUUUCGUUCUUAGCGGGGUCAGGGGGUAGGGGUAGGGGUAAAUUGUCCCCACAUCAUGACUGAGAGCUAAUAUUUUUCCGUACAGCCCGACCUAACUCAUGAAGUAAGCUCGGUAUCAUAUGAAUGCCCCUCCUCCCCUUCUUUUUUUUCCUUUCUCCUUUUAGCUCACGCCUCGCGGGGCCUUACGGAGUUUUUCGGCCCCGCUCACUUCAUCGCUUACAGCCCUCAUGCGGGGAUUUUUUCCCAAUGUUUACGACAAAGCGCGCCCGAGGCCUAAUGGCUCAUGUGACAAAGUACGGUAAAAGAGAUUUGGUAAUGAUAAUGUGAAGUUCUAACAACAGUGUCCAAUAAAAGUUGUAAAUGACAUCGCUAAAUACACCUUCGCAUCGCUUAUAUAAAAAGCAAACAAUUUCUUCGACCCUUCAGUGAUGCGGUUGUUCUAGAAAUUUAAUCGUGUUCAGAAGCUUUCGCUUGCUGUUUCUUUCUGUUGUUGUUUUACCUCCGUUUUUUUGCUAAAUCUGCUUGAUACGGAAAGCGGUAGGGUGAUCUAGAACGAUUUCUGAUUCUUUACUUCGUAAGACUAUAAAACAUUUUCCUCCAAGUCACUAGCAGGUAUGUUCGUGUCUUAAACAAAAUAAAGGAAUUGAAUUUUGAGGUUUUAUCUCCUUCAAGUCAACCAAUGUGGCCGACGUAACGUCGCGUGACAGACUCUUCGAUGUUAUGUAACGCUCACCCCGAAGAAGCUUCUUUGAGGA